CUUAGUCCAGUCAGACCGACUUCAGCGGCCGCGACUGCUCACUUCGCUUUCAGGAUGUUUUACCGGGACUCUUAUUCAAUACCUGCUUAUCUUCCGAUGAGACUUAACCGCUGACAUUUGGGAAUAAGUCUUUUGUGGGAGACUUUAGCGGCUCCAUUGCUAAUGAAGAACAGCCAGUUAAACGAACCGUGGCGAAGAUUAGCUAACUAAGCUAACAACCAUAUUCAAUGAGAGGAGCCACUCUGCAGAUUUGUUUGAACCCAGAGACUAACUUUAGCUCUCUGACAAUGGUCUAGGUCUCUACACCCAGCUUGUGUUGUUUUGGACCUCUGUGCGGUGUCUAAAAGCUGCUAUGGAGCACUGCAACAUGGAUAGCAAAGAACAUAAUUUGUUUUGGGGGUUGAGAUCUGUGCUGUUACCACUGACGGGAGAUUGCCUUCACUGAUUUCGCCGUUCCCUGACUAAAUAAAUACUAUGAGGUUGCCAGGAAAUUUCUCAGAGGAGGUGUGUUAAAGCUGUGGUCAUCAUUUUCAUUCGCAAAGGAUGUCCGACUUGGAAAGUGCCAGUUCAUAUUUUGGUUUGGAGGAUCCGCAGUGGCUAUGCAUGGUCACACUGUUUAUCGCAUCCCUGGUUACUCUGAUACUGUAUUUCAUACAGUAUUUCCAGCAAAGGGGUGUAGGUAAUAAGCAGAGAACAGCAGAGGACAAUGCGGCGAAGGAGGAAGCUGCCGCUCUGCUGGAAUGGGCGCUGGCACUGAGAAGCUGGAAGAGUCAGUGGAGAGGAGCUUGGUGCAGGGCUUUGAACGACGAAUCAAGGAAGCGUGGGGGUGCCGUUCUGUUGACAUUUGAAGAGGAUGAUCUUGAGGCAUCAGAGCUCAUGGUCAGCCGCGUGUCCAGUUUUCAAAAGUCUGCCAGGAACCAGGCCGCUUGCUGCAGUGUGGUUGGGGAGAAGCUUCAGUUCUCUCUCUGUGCAACACUGACAGCCAUGGCUACAGCAGAUCCCUGUAAAUACACCGUGUGUAUAGCUCCACUGGAGCUGCAGCUUGAUCUACAGAUGCAAGAAGCUGAAGAUGAGGUCAAGGUGAGCUGGGGAGUGUCUCACCUGGAGGCAGGGGAGCUGCAGGUGACGCCCACUUUCACCCAGAACAGUGCCAACUCUUCCAAUGUAGCAGCCAUAAAGGAGCAGCUGAGGCAGCUGUUAUGCGUGACGCGCCCCUCUGUGUUGCUGAGCUACAGGCCUGCUCAGGCCUCAGAGGUCAAGGACGCCCAGAACAAAGUGGUAUCACCUCCCAAACCCCCCCGAGCCCACGACUGGAAGCUGCUAGUGAAAAACAUCCGGGUGACACUCAAUCAGGAGGAAGAUGCUGCAGGCAGCAUGGAUCCUCUGUGUGUGCUGCAGUUAGAUGAUCCUCCACAGAAGUUCAACACCUCUGUCUUGAAGAACACAACCAGUCCUGCCUGGGACCAGCCGUUUAUCUUUGAAUUGAAUGGACGAUCAAAAGAGCUCAAUAUUCAGUUGACGAAUGAUGGACAACCUCAAGAAAGCUCCCUGCUCGGUCAGGUGUCAGUGCCUUUUGAUCUUGUAAAGAAGCAGCCCAAAGGACAGCAAACAUUUGCACUCAUGACCAAAGACACGGUGACUGGAUCACUCACUACUGACUUUACCUACCUGGAGCCCAGCGAGGUGAGGUCCUGGCACCCUCCGACCCCAGCCUCCAGCAAGAGGGUGGAGAUGGACCGUACAGUCAUGCCCUGUGGCACAGUGGUCACCACCAUCACCGCAGUGAAGAGCAAGCCAGGUCGACCGCUCCCACUCGGACUCAGCAUAGAUCCUGCCCAGAAAGCUGUUGUCAUCAAGCCCAAGCUGUCUGAGCGGCGUGUUUCAGAGCAGACGUCUAUGCUGGGGCCCACAGUCAGCAAGGCCCUGUCCUCCUCUGACACCGAGCUGCUGAUGCUCAAUGGCACAGACCCGGUGGCCGAGGCCGCCAUCAGACAGCUCCACCAGUCUGCCAAGCAGAAGCUCAAGUCCCCAGUGAAGAAGAGUACCAUCAUCAUCUCUGGCAUCGCCAAAACGCCUUUGUCUCAGGAUGAUGAGCUAGCUCUGAUGGCGGGCUACGCUGCGGCGAUGGAUGCCUCGAUGUCAGAGGGCAGCUCCACUCAGGAUGUGACCACGGCGAUUGCAUCAGGGACCAGCAGCCCUCCAGAGAUGUCGGAGCCCCAGGAAGGCCCCAGUGGACUGGGCCGGCCUCCUGAGGACUGGGAGAGCCAGACAGGAGAGGAACUGAACCAUGCCUCGCUAUCCAUGUGUGUGUCUGAGGUGAACUGCAAGAAGAGCAGAGGCAGCUUCCUGCAGAAGAGUGCCAAGCUCUUCUUCCGGCGGCGUCACCAGCGCAAGGACCCGGGGAUGAGCCAGUCCCACAAUGACCUGGUUUACCUGGAGUCUCCAGCCGCAGUGGAGCGGGCCAGCCGAACCGCCACGCUUAGCCGUAUGCUCAACCGCAAGAGUAAGAAUAAGAGCAAAGCCAACGGCUCUACCUCCAUGGGGGAGCCACACGUGUGACCCCCACCUUCUUCUCACCUCAGUCCCUCCCACAACAACUACCAUCACCACCUCAAACUUGCACUGGCAAACUUCCUGGCUAACCUACUCCCCCUAAUGCCCAACCUGCAUACUGGGGCUCGUGCAUUGUGAAUGGGAGAGCUGUGCAGAUGGAAAAAUAUCCUCUUUUAUUGCCAUGUCCUGCUUAAGUACUUCUUCUAAAAAGGAGACAUUCCACCAAAAGCAAGUGUGUGCAUGUGUGGAUGAAGGUAUCCUGUCCUGGACUGAUGGCAUUCCAGAGGAUAUUACUUUGCAUGUUUCUUUUAUUUGGUUUUAUGCAACAUUUUGAAAUCUUUAAGUGCUUUUAUGGCCUCGUUACAGACAGAAGGGACUGGUGUAGGCCGUCGCUCUUUACCUCACUGAGGGUAAAGGGCAAAACUCUCCCUGCUUGUAAACCGUACAGUUUCGUACGGUGGACCAACAGGACCAAAGAUGAAGAGCAGAGUGGUAUUUGUAUGAUUUGCACAGUCUUAGUACCUUUAUUUAAAGUGCAAUGACAGGAGCUACUCUUGUGACAGAGACUCUUCUGUAGUUCUGAUUCGUGUUAACAACAUUCACAAAGGGAGAUGAUCUGGUCACUGCACGACUAGUGCAAGUGAGAGAUAGUAAUAUGACUACUUUUUGACACUAAGACUAUGAACUAUGGUAUUUAAAUCAACGAUCCAUCAUGUUUUUUUUUUUUUUCAAUACACUUAAAAUACUUGUAAUUUUAUUCCAAAUAAACAGCUAUAUAUAUAAUGUGCGUAUAAAAGCUGUCCAGAGAAAUGGAAGCCUUAUGUUUAACAAAGAUAUCAAAACCAGUUAUUGCAAGUGAGUUGUGAUUGGCUUGUACAGAGGUCGUGUUAUCAUGCACCACCAGCUGUUAAAUAAAAGAAGCAACACCCCUCUAAAAAGAAACAGUGACACUGUGGCGAACAUGAAACUUUAGCUAUACGUGAGCAUUAUAUGUUUACUCCUCUCUGCAGUGUUUUUAAAUGAUAUGCAACUUUCUCCUGUGUCUUCCCAGAUUCCUCCUGUACACUACUAUUAUCAGCAGGACUGUUAAUGUGUCAAAAGGGAACAGAAUGAACCUUUAUCCAGGAACUGUGAUGUUACACUCGGCCAUAUUUGUCUCAUUACGCACUAAUGAAACUCGUUCUAUGCUCAUUUCAAUCCCGCAUUUCAUCUGAAUGAAAUCCUCGCUCUUUCAUGUAAUGUUUUAUUGUUGUUGUUUUGUUUUGUUUUUUAAGAUGUAGCUUUGAACACCUGAACAACAGAAAGUUUGAACAUGUUUGAGAGUUUGUUUUUUUUUUUAAUCCAGCUAAUGAUUGUAUUUUUCGUUGAACACAUUUCUGUACAUCAUGUUGACUGCUGUUUCUUCAGUGAGUCCAUCUGCUCAGAGAACUGAUGCAGCGCAGUGACAGACAGAAUCAGCAGAUUGCCUUACAGAUAUUCUGAGGAUGUCGUCGCGGACGGCAGGUCUACACUCGUUCCUCGACCUUUUGGUCCCCAGGCUUCAUCCGCCAUCAGACCAGAGAACUGAAGGACUGUAGCGGGCUGUCUGAUUGGCUCUGAGCGAUGCCCUGUUCCUGCACCAUCAGCAAUGUCUAUAAUCAAGAAGCCUAUGCACAUAUCUGUUAACUGGGUGUUUGCAUUAUUAGACUACCUGAGAAUUAAAAACACUUACUUACUGUUCAGGACUCUGCAGAUACAGUGAGGGCUGUCUUUGUGUGUUGGUAUUUACACGGUAGGGCUGUGAUCCCGUCUCAUCAGCUGCUCUCUCCCACCACCAUUGACUAAAGUUUGUUUAAAAAAAAAAAAAAAAAAAAAAGCAAAAAAGAAAUUCAAAAGCCAAAAUUGAGGCUGAAUAAAAAUCUGUAACCAUAAAACGGGUCGUUUUAAUCAUGCUCAGCUUCAGAGCCCUUGCUUAAGGCAUCCUGCAAGCAGUGACUACAUUUAUUCAUCCAGUGAGCAGUAGGGCUGUACGUGAUUAAUAAACUGCUUCCUGAUGGGUUUUUUUUUUUAUUGGCAUCUGCUUUGUGCACAGAAACUGACUGACUUAGCUGUUGUUGCAGAACGUCAGCCAGUUCCCUGCAGGGACUGUAACUAAUAUACAUAUCGAGUUAUUUCAUUUUCAGCAAUAAAUAUUG